AUGGAUUUGCGAGGUCAUCUUAGCCAACACCGAAUCAAUGAUUCCCCCUACGUGUGCAAGGUCCGUUCGUGCGAAUUUCGGGCGUCGCAGAGAAUGAACUUGUUCGACCAUUAUUCCCAGAUGCACCGGGAUACCACAUUGCUCUGUUGGAACGUCAAAGCGACCAAAAACGCAUGGCAAACCUCCACUUCCAGCAAACUGCAAAUACACCCCGAACAGAAGCGGCUGAUCCUCGCGUUGUUGUUCGAGAAGAAGGCCGAAUGUUUUCCGAGGAAUUUUGCAAACCGCCACGUUUCCGACUGCGCGGCUUCGAUUUAUUCGCAAGAGAAAGUCAAGAUCCCAAAUGAGGAAGAAGGUCUCGUCUUCUCCUUUUCCAACGAGGACAUCAAGCACUUGCCAAGGUGCACAAAUGCUGUGAAGAUCGACAUUACGUUCAAGCAAUGCAAAGACAAGUUCCAGGCGGUGCCGGCUAUCAAGAAGAGUGUCAAGCUCAUCGACGCGAAGCGUGAGGGACAAGCCAAGCUGCAAAUGCAACAGAACAAGGGCCAUCUUCAACAGUCUGGCAAGCCAUCGCCCAGCUUCUCCCUGAUCGUCGACAUCUCCAAACACCCGAUGCACAUGGCCACCGACCUCUCCCAGAAGAUCGAGGCCAUCUGGAUGGGCCAGGGUGGCCAACGCGGCGGACGCUUCGAUAUCUUGCAGGCCAUCCGAUCGCCUGUGGUCCAGGCAGCUCUGAAACAUCUUGAAGUGGUUCCCACUCAUCGCCCUGACGCUCGUUCAUUCACGAUCGGAAGUUUUGCUGGAAGCGCCAAUGAGGUCAAUGAUUUUGUCAAUCAACUCGUGACACGUGGCGCAGCUCGCGGUCUGGCACUCGAUGAUAAGCCUGUGAAGCUCCAUAUUGGUCCCGAGGAGCUGGAGCAGAACAUGAUAGCCGCAAGGGAGGGGCUCGACAGUUCG